AAGUAGACUUGUCUUUGAAAAGACUUCUUCUUUUGACUUAUCUUUUAUACGGGGAACUUUCUGAUCUUACCAGAAUAAGUAAGAUUAAUGUUCAAUCUCAAGUAUUUCUGAAGGUAUACUCCUUACCCACGGAAAUACACACUUGGGGCAAAAUUAGAAGAGGCUUCUCAUUCUGCCAACCACUGGACAGCAAGAGAGUUAACCCACAAUGGGGCAAGAAGAACCUCAAAAUAAACAAGGAGGCCAGCAUUACCAGCUGAUCCCGUGGGCUGUUGCUGUUUUUUUCAUCUCACUUCUCAGUGCUUGUUUUAUUGCAAACUGUUUGGUAACUCAUCGCAACUUUCUGCGCUGCAGGAGAGAUACAGGAGUGUUCAAGUUACCAGAGUACCACACGAAGCUGACAUGCACCAGAGAGAAAUCAAAAUUGAAAGGGAGCACCUGGAAUUGCUGUCCUUUUGGCUGGAGAGCCUUCCAGUCCAACUGCUAUUUUUCUCUUACUGACAACAAGACAUGGGCCGAGAGCAAAAGGAACUGCACGAGCAUGGGGGCUCAUCUGGCCACCAUCAGCACAGAAGCUGAGUUGAAUUUUAUUAUUCAAUUUUUGGAUCCACGAUUUUCCUAUUUCCUGGGACUUGAGAACCAUGAAGGCCUGUGGUCCUUGGUGGACAAAACACCAUUUAACCCACAUAAUUUAUUAUGGCAUGAGGGUGAACCGAACAAUCGGGAAGAAAAUUGUGUUGUCCUUUUUAAUGUUCAAGACAAAUGGGCCUGGAAUGAUUUUCCUUGUAACUUUGAGACAAAAAGGAUUUGUAAAUUACCUGGAACAGCAUUCAACUAGAAACCUCCAAAGGAGUCCUUGUAUGGGGACAGAAAAGAAGAACUAAUUAGACUAGGGAAGAAUGUACCCACACCGUUGGGACAGAGAAAACCUGCUGAGAAAAUAGAACACUUUCAGUUAUGAUGGCCUUAUUUAUUUUUGUUCUAUUCAUUCAAGAUAAUGUGUUUUUGUGUGGUAUGAUGGCAGGAAUCAUCUUUUCUGUGAGAAUCCACUUUCAUGAACUUUCUUUUCUUGACAGUAUAUCAGAGUACUUCUUUUUCAAUUGGUAUGCAUCGAUUACAUACCGAACACAACGGCUCAAAUGAUGCAAUCUCUUAGUCAUUGUUUUCUUCUGCUCAGAUUUUUAGCUCUUAAGAUUCAAACACAGGGUAUUCCAACUGGUAGUGGUAUGCCAUUAUUUUAGCCCCAGUUAUGACAAACCCUCUAAAUGUUUUUUUUUUUAAGAUUUAUUUAUUUAUUUGAGAGAGGGGGAGAGAGAGAGAGAGAGAGAGAGAGAGAGAGGGAGGAUGGUCAGAGGGAGAAAGAGAAUCUAAAGCAGAUUCCCCACCAAGCCUGGAGCCUGACGUGGGGCCCAACAUGGAGCUCAAUCUCACAACCCUGAGAUCAUGACCUGAGCUGAAAUCAAGAGUCAGAUGCUCAACCAACUGAGCCCCCUAGGUGCUCCCUAAUCCAUUUCUUGCAGCCUGAUUAUUUUUUAUUACCUCUAUGGUGACCACAACAGACCACCUUUCUUACCCGGAUUAUUGCAGUAGCCUCUGACUGGUCUCCCUGUUUCUCCCCUCAGCCCCUUUCAAUCUGUUCCCAACUCUCAUGGCACUUCUCCUAUUCUUCAUAAUUUCUUUAAGACAGCUGAUAGUAAUUUCAUAAAAAUAACUGCAAAAUGUAUUAGGACACUGUGGUAGUCCUAGAAGUUUGAAGCCCUAAAAACAUUUAAAUACUGGUUUUGUCUUUGAAAAAGUAAGAGAUAUAUGUGUUAAAAUGGCAAACAGGAAAAAUAUAAAUGAAAGUGUAAGUUAAGUCUUCCACCCUGAACUCCAGUCCCUUGAAUGCCUCUUCAGAAAAAUAUGAUUGUCAAGUUUCUUAUAUGUAUUUCUGUAUAUGUUUAAAUAUGUGUUAUAUAAAUGUAUAUACAUAUAUAACCUACCUUUUUUUACACUAAUGGAAACAUGAUCUACAUUGUCUUAAACAUCUUGCAGUUCCUUCCCCCGCGAAUCUCAGGGGCUUUGUCUGUUUGUGUUUCACCAUAUGGUAAGUGUACUUUGUGAUUCCCAUCCCUUCUUUCCCCCUUCCCCACCCACCUCCCCUCUGGUAGCCAUCAGUUUGUUCUCUAUAAUUAAAAGUCUGUUUCUUGGUUUGUCUCUCUUUCUCUUUUUUGCCUUUGCUCGUUUGUUUGUUUCUUAUAUUCCACAUACGUGAAAUCAUGUGGUAUUUAUCUUUCUCUGAGUGACUUACUUCAUUUAGCAUAAUACAUUCUAGCUGCAUCCACUUGGGCAAAGGACAAGAUUUCAUCCUUUUUUAUGGCUGAAUAAUAUUCUGUUGUAUAUAUAGCACAUCUUCUUUAUCUAUUCAUCAGUUGAUGGACACUUGGGCUGCUUCCAUAGUUAAGCUAUUGUAGAUAA